CCCAUGGAUUCAGGUUUGGCAGCUUAGUUUUGAGCUGACAUGCACCAGAUGUCACUCCUCAUCUCAGGCAUUGCCAAUUCCUACACAGGCUGAGAGCUGCCAACAGGACAUACUCAGCAACAGGACGUGCUGGCAACAGGACAUGCUCGGCUUGGUCAGGUUCAUCAAUCUAACAUCCAAUGGCAGCACAGCCUUUGAGAGAGUGGAAAACUGGUCUCUUUGACUGCUUCGAGGAUACGAGUACUUGUUGCUAUGGCUUCUGGUGCUGCCCUUGCCUCGCCUGCACGGUUUCAGGAAGAUUCGGAGAGAACAGUUGCCUCCCCUUAUGCGACUUGUUCAGCCCGGCUGUGUUUGGCCUCUGUGGGAUCCCUCUAUUUGCUCCCCCAGCUGCCACGAGUCUCCGGUCCUCCAUUCGGAGCAGACACGGCAUCAAGGGCUCCAUCUGUAAAGACAUCGCUGUUUCCUGUUUCUGCGUGUACUGCUCCUGGUGUCAGAUGCAUCGUGAGAUAAAAGACAACAACAAGGACCGUGUGGUCAUCAUCAACAAUCAGCCGGCGCCAGUGGUGAUGAUGGCGCAACCAACUAUGAUGAUGGCUCAACCCCCUAUGAUGAUGGCUCAACCCCCUAUGAUGAUGGCUCAACCCCCUAUGGUUGUGAGCCAACAUGGGGUCACUGUGACGUCAUACUGAGAUUUGCAGCUUCAGAUUUUCUAAAUUCAGAUCAGAUCCUGCUGCUGAUGGUUUUGUUACAGAAUGACUUCAGGGUGAAAGAAUAAUCACAUGUAUAGAUUAAUAACAUAAUGAUAAAGAUGGGGGCCUCUAUGAUAAUAAAUGAUAGCACUUUAUUUUUUUAUUUUUUUAUGUGCAAAUACAAAUUGAAGAGAUUUGGCAUUCAAAUCCAAAAGGUGGUUUCAGUUCAAUCUGAAAUGUGUUUAAUCAACCCAAUCUGAUCAAUCAGUCCUGACCGCACAUUUAAAAUAAAAAAGAAUGUAAAAAAAAAAAUUGUAUUUGAUUCAUUAUUAAUAAAUGAUUUAUUAAGUUGUUUCUGA